AUGCAGACCUCGAAAUUAGGAGAAAGAGUACAAUUUUGUAAUUCUAAAAGGAUAAAUCUAACAGUAGGUGUCAGUUUACAGAGUAUAUGCUGAAUAACCCAGAUAAAUUUGGCAUUAAAUUCUAGUUAACUACUAACGUAAUCAACAAAUACAUCAUAAACGGGUUUCCAUAUUUGAGAAAAGAUAAAGAAGAGAAUCUUCAAUUUCUCUUGGAAAAUUUGUUGUUCUCAAAUUAAUAGAACCAUUCACAGGCUGAAUAUUGAAAGAAAUAUAAUCACAAAUCAUUUUUUUACAAGCGUAUCAUUAGCCAAAAAAUUGUUAGCGAUAAAAACCACUGUGGUUGAAGCUAUUCGUUCUAAUAAAGGGAAAUCGCUAAAACUUGCCAAACAAAAGACAUUUAUGCUAGGCUAUAAGACUGAUAUUCUACAAUAUAUAAAUGUAAAUCGAAUAAAAGGUUCAAUGCAUGAAUCUAUAACAAUUGAAAAGAAUGAUUUGCAUAUACGGAAAGAAACAAUUAGGUUUUAUAAUAGUACCAAGUUCGGUAUAGAUAUGACCGAUCAAAUGGCUAGAAAAUAUAUCUUGGAAAUGAUUUCUGCAAAUCUUUUUCAAUAUCCUAGAUAUAGCCGCAAUAAAUGCGUGUAUAAAGAAACGACUGAAGAAAGAAUUUCGAGCCAAGCAUUUUUACUUGAAUUAGCAGAAUAA